AUGGGAUUAGCAGCACAGACUGCGUCUCCGGGGAGGGCCAAAGUGGCUGCGGCGUCAACGGGCCCUGGAACAGCGCUGGGCCAGCGUUCAACGACAACGGCGGUGGAGUGUUUGCCACCCAGUGGACGAACGAGGCCAUCUACAUGUGGUUCUUUCCGCGUGGCCAGAUCCCUGCGGACAUAG